AUGUCUCGAUCUCCUUCUUAUCUCUGGAAUCUCCCGCGCUUCUGGCGCUGGCUCUCGAGAAAGAAUGAUGAGCCUCAUCAGAUGGCAGCUCCACCAAAAUCACUUGACGACUCCCUCAGCGACCUAUCUGUCAUGGAGAACUCAAGAUCUUCACCCUGCUGUAUACUUUACGAAGCAGGCGUUCCCUGCGUCAUAUGGGGUGAACAUGCUCUGACAGCUUACGAUAUUCCUACAAUUGUGUUCGACCUCUUCCUUCUAGUACACGAUCCAGAAAGCGCGGCACGAGUGCUAGCUUCUCACGGGUUCAGCCGCACUACGCCAAAUCCGAGAUUCUAUAAUAUUCCACAGAUGAGCCACAAUGUUCCCCGCCUAGGCCAGACACCUGCGAGCGCUGUCCACGAUAUGGCAGACCUACCGAAGGGGGACGACGUGAACGCCCCGGGUGUGAUACUCCUUCCGGCCAAAUAUUGGCGUUACAAGCUUCCUCUGACUGUCAACGAGGUCGACAACUUCAUCCCAUCAUUGUCAACCUUGCUCAACACGCUCAUUGGCGUCUGGAUUGAUCUUCCCGACAAUGCUGCAUUUCUACGGGAUCAUAUCGCGAUACAUAUUGGAUAUUUCUACGAAUAUAAUCAGGAUGUACGAAAACCAGAUUUCGAGAACGAACUUGCUGCCGAAAACCGCCAGGUCCAUUUUGAACUGCUGCGGGAUCACUACUCGCCAUAUGCUUUCCUCACGAAGAAGUGUCAGGAGCAUCAUCGAAACAUUAGGAAUCAGAUUCGACUGGGUCGAUACGAGCCAAGGAAAGUUACUUGA